AUGUCAGCAUCAUUGGAUCGCCCUUCGGAAGCUACCGAAACAAGUACCAGUAGUCCAGUUUCUCGAAGCAAUAGCAACAUCAGCGUGUUGCCUUCCUACGAAUCGCCUUCUGCCAAUAGACCCCCGCGGCCGCCCACACGGCGAACGAGUUCUCGUCUGAAGAGCGUCAUGCUCAGUGCUCUGCAAACCAACCUGGAUCGGCUACACCCACAAGAGGCUCCAGUGUCAUCACUUUGGCGCAGUCUCUCUUCCUUAAACACAAGUGUAUCCAGCCUGACUGAUACGGACCAGUAUGUGCAGAGGAUAUCAGCGUCGGCAUCGUCGUCGCCCGUUUCGGCUGGUUCUCGGCAAACAUUACGAAGUGAUUUCAUCGACUUGAAGAAUGGCAUCAUGAGCAGCACCGCAGAUACCACCUCCGGAGUCAAAACGCAGCACUCUCCAGUACUCGCGCCGCCUCCUCGCAAACCACAGAGACAAGGGACCCCUGAAAACAUGGAGAAGAAAACACUGGGGCUACCUUCCUCCUUGGCAACCACCACCGCCAAGUCGAGCGAGAAUAAUGGGGAUAGCCUCCGUGAUUUGAUUCGGUUGAGGAGGAUGAGCACAACACGGCAAGCGCGGCCUGACAACGGGACUUGUCUGGAAUCAUAA